AUCAUGGUUUUGAUCAUUAUGCAGGCCCAGAAUUUGUAACCGAUAGGGCUCGCAAUGGACUAAAAUUGCAAAGGCCCGCCUUUUUUAUUAGGAGACGGCUCUGUCUUUCUGCAACUGCUGUGACGUCAUUGCCUUCUAUAACUCGUUCAUCUUUCGUAGGUUUCUUUGAUUCUAUUUUGAUCUCUUUUCAUUUUAUGUUCUUUGUUUGUACUUGUAAUGUCCAUGGAUUGAAAAACAUUCAAUAAUUUGGCUUAUUUUCUUGUAAAAAUGCAUGAAAAGUAAAACAAAAGAAAGGGUAUUGAAUGUUCUACAACUAGAAGACUUCAUGUAAGGAGAGGAAGACUACAGUUGAAGCGAAUUUUCUUGGUGUUUUUUCUAUGGUUUUUCUUUGAAAUUUUUAUUUGAUUAAUUUAUGGGGCUGCAAUUGGGUUUAAAGGGUUUGGAAUUUACCCGGAAGAAGAAGAAGUGGGCUGUUUUAUUGGCGGCUUUUGGUUUAACUAGUUAUGGUUUCUAUAGAGUUUAUCACUUGCCUGCUAUUGUUCAAAAGAGAAACAGAGCCUCAAAGCUUUUAGGAGCUUUGAUUUCCAUGGCUGAAGCUGUCUCUGAGUGUGCCGAAACAAUUGGAGUUGUUUCUAAAGAUUUGAAAGAUUUUGUGCAAUCAGAAUCAGACCAAAUUCCUAAUAGUUUGAAGCAAGUUUCGAAAAUCACGAUGUCCAAUGAAUUCUCACAGUCCAUAAUCAGGGUUACACAAGCUUUGACUGUGGGUAUUGUACGUGGUUAUAAAUUGGAGGCAAGAAGUGGUAGCAGCCUAAACGCCAAUUCUAGUUCAAUGGAUCAACUUAUGUGUAAGCUUCUUACUGAAGCUGGUGCUGGUUUUGCUUAUGUUGUUGUUGGAAGCUUUGCUAGGAAUUUGGUCAUGGCAAUUUGUUCAGAUGGGCAAUCUGACGGAGAAUCAAAAUCGAUUAACUUGGAAAAGAAUUAUUUUCCGAGAUGGCUGAGUGUGGUGUGUGGUGAUAAGUGUAGAGAGCUGAUUGGUGAUUGUAUUCAAUUGUCUGUUAGUUCUAUGGUUGCUGUGUAUCUUGAAAAGACUAAGGAUAUCAACACCUAUGAUGAAUUCUUUGCAGGAUUGACCAACCCUAACCAUGAAACACAAGUGAGAAACGUGUUGCUUACUGUUUGUAAUGGUGCAAUUGAGACUCUUGUCAAAACAUCUCAUCAAGUUUUGUCAAGUUCUAAUUCGAGUAAGAGUUCAUCUUCGGUCUCUUCUUCCUUGGCAAUUGAGUGCAGACAAGAAGAUGCAUUGUUAACUGAACUGGAAGCAAGGAACUCAUUUCACGAGGUUAAGAAUGAUGGGUGGGCUAGCAAAGUAUCAUCAACUUUAGCAGAGCCAAGCAAUAGGAAAUUUGUUCUUGAUGUAACUGGAAGGAUUACAUUUGAAACAGUUAGAUCUUUCCUUGAGGUUUUGCUAGAGAUACCAUAUCAAGGCAUGAAAAAAUGUGUUAAGGUUACUUUUGAAGCUGUUGUUGACAGUGGCCUUGAGGUAGUGAGAUAUGUUACUGCAAAGUCCUCAGUUGUAGCUACCAUAUGUCUGUCUCUGUGCUUGCAUAUUCUCGGUGGUGUUUGUGUCUUGGUGCGAGCCUAAUUCCUUUCACAAAGUCAUGGCAACCUAUAGAUUCACCUUUAUUUGUUUGUGUCUUAGCUGUAUUUUGUGUCCAACUCCUUGAAUAUCUUGAAAUCUUAAUAAAUAUCAGCAGAAUUGAGGAA